GCGAGCACUCGCUGCUGCUGCUGCUGCUGCUGCGCUGCCGAGCCGCCUCUCUCUCCAGCCUCCAGCAUGAGCACCACUGUCAGGCAAUACUCCUCCUCCACGUCCCUCAAGGGAUUCGGGAGCCUGGGGGGAGGCUCCAGCAGGCUUUCCUCCGUGCGUGUUGGGGGAGGAGGGUACAGGGCCCCCAGCGUCCACGGGGGCUCUGGCAGCUACUCGGUCUCUUCCCGCGUGGUCUCGGGGCUCGGCAGUGGCUUUGGGGGCAGCUACUGCAGCAGCGCAGGAGGGGCCCUCGGCGGGGGCUUUGGGGGCAGCUAUGGGGCCGGCUUUGGGGCCGGCUUUGGGGCCGGCUUUGGGGGAGGCUUUGGAGGCGGCUUUGGAGGCGGCGAUGGCAUCCUGCCGGCGGGGGAGAAGGAGACGAUGCAGAACCUCAACGACCGCCUGGCCGCCUACCUGGACAAGGUGCGAGCCCUGGAGGAGGCCAACACCGACCUGGAGGUCAAGAUCAGGGAGUGGUACAAGAAGCAGGGACCUGGUCCUGACCGUGACUACAGCCCCUACUACAGGACUAUCGAGGAGCUCAGGAACAAGGUAUUGGUGGCCACAGUCGACAAUUCCAACCUCUUGCUGCAGAUUGACAAUGCCAGGCUGACAGCAGAUGACUUCAGGACCAAGUUUGAGUCGGAGCAGGCUCUGCGCAUGAGCGUGGAGGCCGAUAUCAAUGGGCUGCGUCGCGUCCUGGAUGAGCUGACCCUGUCCAGAGCUGACCUGGAGAUGCAGAUUGAGAAUCUGAAGGAGGAGCUGGCUUAUCUGAAGAAGAACCACGAGGAGGAAAUGACUGCCCUGCGUGGGCAGGUGGGUGGGGAGAUCAGUGUGGAGAUGGACGCUGCUCCUGGCAUCGACCUCACCAAGAUCCUGGCGGAGAUGCGGGAGCAGUACGAGAGCCUGGCGGAGAAGAACCGCAGGGACGCCGAGCAGUGGUUCUUCAGCAAGACGGAAGAGCUGAACCGGGAGGUGGCCAUCAACACGGAGCAGCUGCAGAGCGGCAAGACGGAGAUCACGGAGCUGCGGCGCACGAUCCAGAGCCUGGAGAUCGACCUGCAGUCCCAGCUCAGCACGAAAGCGGCCCUGGAGGGCACCCUGGCCGACACCGAAGCGCGCUACGGCACCCAGCUGGCCCAGCUGCAGAUGCUGAUCACCAGCGUGGAGGAGCAGCUGGCCGAGCUGCGCUGUGACAUGGAGCGCCAGAACCACGAGUACAGGGUCCUGCUGGACGUCAAGUGCCGCCUGGAGCAGGAGAUCGCCACGUACCGCCGGCUCCUGGAGGGCGAGGACGCCCACAUGUCUUCCCACUACAUCUCGCAGCCUGUGAAAGAAGGACCAGUAACCACCCGCCAGAUCCGCACGAUCUUCGAGGAAGUCCAGGAUGGGAAGGUGAUCUCCUCCCGGGAGCAGAUCACACAGGCUGCCCACUGAGGCACUGCCUGUUCUGCUGCAAACCUCACCCAGCACAGCAAAGCAGAUCCCAGCUGAUGUGCUCCUGCUGUAUGGAUCAUAAAAAGCACCUUCUCCCACUAUCACCCCCUGCCGUACCCUCUCUCACCCUUCUGUCAGCUCUGUGCUGCACACAGAAAUCAAAUAAAGCUUGUCUCUGCAGUCCUGCAAA